CUGGAGUCCAAAAUCUAGGAUUACAAUUUCGGUAUCCAAAGCAGCUUGCACACCGGUAGCCACACCCAUAUUUUAAAAUCCAAUCUUAGCAAUCCUGGUUCAAUUGCACGUAAGAGGUCUCGGUCCUGAAGCGAAACAUGAGUGGGCAAACAAUUGGCUGGUCGCCAUCAUUCUGUAGGAAGCAGGUCUUCUGUGUAUUAAUAAUUCACAUUGAUACAUCCGAGUGAGCUUCUAGCAUGAUCGUUCCUAUACACGCUCGCCAUUUGUUGGAGUAGUAAGCGUCCAUGGUCGGUGUCAAUGCACCAAAAAUGGUGAGCAAUCUUGAAGCGACUCCUUGUGCGCCACUGCCGGGUGGCUUACUGGAGCAUGAAUAAGCGUGGGGGGUAUUUGUGAGCCAGCCCAUGCACCAAAACAUAUAAAGCCGAAUUGAUGUCUCACCAAAGGGGUCUCGCUUCUCAUAAAAAACCCCCAAGAUCAUGAUCUCUAUCUUUCGCGCACUUCUUGCCUACAUAGUUCUCCAUUCACUCGUCCUCGCCUAUCAAAAGUACUUCGACACCAACAUAUUCUCUUUAACAUCCAACCUUACCUCUUUCUCCCUCUCUUCCUUCACUAAAACCAAAACUAUCGCAACCAUGUCUGCCCCCAAAGUCUCAAGGUCGAUCACAAAGUCCGUCCUCUCUGCCGCACAGGCCGAAGGUCGCGGUGCCCGUGUCCGUCGCUCGAUCGGCCGUCCCGAACUCCGCAACCAUGACCCCUUCCUCAUGCUCGAUGAGUUCGACGUCGACAAGAACGGCGGUUUCCCCGAUCACCCCCACCGCGGCUUCGAGACCGUCACCUACAUGCUCGAGGGCCAAUUCCAACACGAGGAUUUUGCAGGACACAAGGGAACCAUCGGGCCCGGCGACUUGCAGUGGAUGACCGCUGGUCGUGGUAUCGUUCAUUCAGAGAUGCCAAUCAAGUCCCAGACCCGCGCCCACGGUCUUCAGCUCUGGAUCAACCUGCCCAAGGAACACAAGAUGUGCGAACCCCAGUACCAGGAGCUGCUCGAUAAGGAGAUUCCCCGUGCCACGCCUGAGGACGGUGUGGUGAUCAAAGUCAUUGCGGGCGAGUCCCAUGGUGUGAAGAGCAAGGUCUACACUCGCACGCCGACCAUGUAUCUGGACUUCAAGAUGGACAAGAACAAGACGGUCGAGCAGUCGAUCCCUGCCAGCUACACUGGAUUCAUCUACAUGCUCAAGGGCACGACACUCAUUGGCGACAAGGAGUUCGAGGGCAAGGCGCAUCACACACUGACGUUCUCGGAAGAUGGCGCAGAGACGGUUAAGAUCUCGACCAAGGAUGAGGAGGCCCACUUUGUGUUGAUUGCAGGCGAGCCCUUGAAGGAGCCGAUUGUUCAGCAUGGUCCGUUUGUGAUGAACUCGCAGGAAGAGAUCUACGACACGUUUGUGGAUUAUCAGUCUGGACAGAACGGGUUCGAGCGUGCCAGGAACUGGAAGUCUAGCAUUGCUGCAUGAAUCUAGUCCAUCGCGGGGACAAGAAUAAGAAACGCGAUUCUGUAUAAAUAAUUAUCCUAUUGCUUUAGUCGCUCACUCUAAUAAUAAUAACAAAAAGGCAAAUACGAAUACGAAUACGAAUACAA